CCAUUUUCUGCAGAAUGUUUUGCUUGAUGAAAAAUUCCGUGUAAAUAUGGCUUGCUUUGAAUCAACAUUCUGUGAAAAUGGCUUCAUCGUGUGGAUAUACAGCUAUACAGGAACGUCGGACUGCAUUGUGCAUGAUAUAUUUAGUGACAUAGUUUUUGAAGCAUGAUGUAUUUUUCUGAAUGGAAAAGGAGAAGAUAGUGAAUGAAUUAUAUGAAGACAUUGUCUAAAGAGUGAACUUGUGCCACAUAAAAGAACUGUGGCGUUUGUGAACUUUAGCUUAAAGGCUAUUGAUGAGACAGAUGAUGGGAUGAAGGCCCAGGGAGAGGUGGCGUGAUAAUAUGGAUCCUAACCACCGGAAUGCCCAGCCUAUGGGAACCGGCAUGUCCCACAUGUUUCCUGUGGCCCAGGGAACGGGGUAUGAGCUGCAGUAUGGCCAGGUGCAGGGAUUCCAGCAGGCACAGAACAAACCCUUCAAUAUACCUGGCAUGAUGGGAAGUAAUGCCUUCAUUCCAAAUUAUCCCAUGAUGCACCAAGGCCAGGGGUCUGUCCUCACCAAUGUUCAGGGUGGGAUGCCAGCUGCAGGUUCUGGUAACACUGGAACUCUGCCAUCCAUGGGUACAUUUGUUGGUAAUUUCAAUCAGGCUAAUAUCACCAUGGGGCAUUGUGUGCUGCCCAACACAGGCUAUAAAAGUCUGGACAGUUGGCAUAGCCCCUCCCAGCAAUCUGCAGGGGCAGUCAAUGCACUACCCAGUUUUGGACACUUUCUCAUGCACCAGCCAUACCAGCAACCAUCUACACAGCAACAACAACAUCAACAGCAACAGCAACUUCAGCAACAACAACUUCAACAACAGAUCUUUCAAACUAAUCAAAACCAAAAUCGAUUCCCAAGCGCCUUACUACAACAUGGAAGUCUUGGUCAGUUUGUACCCAACUCUACCAGCGUUUCCGGAAUGCUUGCUAAUCUUGGAAAUCAACAGCAAAGUUUCAGUAGUGUAAAUAUGAAGAUCAACAUGAGUGCUAAUCUGGUUGGUAACUUCAGUCAGUUUUCGAAUGCAAAUGUGAUGGGAUGUCAAAACCUGCCUGGACUGGCUAACCCUUGUGGUGCUUCUGUAUUGUCUUCGUCUGAGGUUCCCAGCAGUUGUAUAACUCCCUGUCUACAGCCACAAUUAACUCUGUCAUCCCCGCCCAUCAUGUCUUCACAUGUCGCCGCUAGCUGUAACCAGGUUACCAGCACCACUUCCUCUGUGAUCACCAUCACCAGCACUACAUCAUGUACAACACCAGUUAUGGCACACAUGCACAACAUGUCUGUCACACCGGCUGUUGUCCCAUCAACACAUGUCACCAUGGCAACAUCACAUAGCAACAUAUCAGCUGUGGUAGACAGGAAGUUGAUGAGUGCAACCACUACAAAAAAGGAACCAUAUCUACAAGGUUGUGAUUAUAAAGGACAGGAGGAUGCCAAGCCUACACUUCAGUGUUCCAGUAAGGGAGGGUCGGACACUCCAGUUCAGUCAGGACCCCCCUCCUCUAAUCAUGUGAUUGUCCCCUUCGGUUGGAGAAGGGUAGUAGAAGAAGGUGCUAUUGUCUACUACAGUCCAAGCAACACCAAACUGUCUUCAACUCAAGAAAUUGGUCAGUAUUUAUCCCGGGAAGGUACAUGCAAGUGUGGGCUUGAAUGCCCAGUGAUGGUGGAAAAAGUGUUCAAUUUUGACAUGACAAUUCAAUCAAGGCAGUGGACGCUAGAUGUUCAUUGUGCAGAAGAUCUGACCAAACUCUGCAAUCAUAAACGAAAAAUAAUUGCUAUGGCAACAUUUCAUAACAGUCGAACAUUUCAAUCGUCAUCACCGGUGACUUCGCCUGUUUCAACACAGUGUGUGUCUAGUGUGGUUGUCAGUUCCAGCCUAACUACAUCUACCACCAGUAUUACUACCCCGGCACCAAGUAAUACCAAAAAAGAAAGCAAGGGGAAGAAGAAAAAGGGUAGAAGUGGCAGCCAAAAUCCAUAUGACCGCCUCUUAGUCUCUGAGCUUUUGGCACAAAGAGAAAAGCUGAAGAAUUCUGCCCUUCAAACUGCCAGCAGGGAGAAAAUAACCAGCCCCAACACCUCAGAAUCUCAGACAGCUGGAAUAAAGCAGGCUGGCCCGGGAGGAAUGAACGAGGGCAGACAGACCUCAGGGGAUCCCUUCAGUGAACAUUUACCAGACUGCAAACAGGACAGAAAAUCACCAGGUGCUCAGAGUGAUGUAUCGCAUGUGAAAUCAGGGUCAGCUAGUAGUGAUCCCAGUGAUGACCUAGGGCCAAUCAGUUCUAGUAAGGUGGUAAAGCUUGACUUCAGUCAAGGCAAUCAGGAAGAUUGUGGCGUUCCUCCAGGUUCAAGUAUGCCCAGUGACAGUAAUGCUGGACAGACUGGACAGACUGGCCACUUCCUACAACAACAGAACCAGCUUACAGUUCAGACGGUCUUCUCUCAGGAACAUCUCAAAGAACAAGUUUUCAUUCAACAAUCUCCCACUAAUCCACUACGAAGCUCACCUGGCUAUGGAUUUAUUCCUCCGAACCAUACCCUACCAUGUGGAAACUUUGGUUCUAACAUCCAAUGUGGAAGCUCUCCAGUUAACGUUCCCCAGAAUAUGGGUGUAGUUGUUCAAGGUGUUCACCAAGCCAACUUUCCAGUGUACCAGGUCCAGAAUGCAUCCAGCAGAUUCAUGAACCAACAGCUUGAUCAGAACCAUAUCAUGGCUGGCCCACCAUAUCACAUUAACGCUAUGCAUGGCAUGGGGUUUGGAGGACGGCCUCCAUUUAGUGCAAGUCCACAACAGUCUAUGUACCAUUCACCUAACCCUGUGUACCAGUCUGUCGACCCUUUAUGGACAGAGAAAAAGAAAAGCAAACCCAAGAAAACAAAGGCAAAAAAGGAGAAACAGAAAGUGAACAGUGUAUUUGAAAGUGAUACUCCUCCCCCAAAUGUUGAUGUUAGCCAGCUUCAUGAUCAAGGGAGAGGUCCCAUUCCAAAAGUCAAAUCUUCUUCAUCAUUUCUAGAAAAUCCCACAGCUUUUUUGGCUGAGCAGACAGCACUUAUAAGUAAUUCUAUGACCUCUACUCUUUCUAGUCCAACCUGUUCUUCGGGCAACAUGUCUGAGAGCACUUCUGCUUCUGUCAGUAAAGAUGGAAAAAAUGACACUGUUGACGGCGAUGUCGUCGUCAAGACCAAAGCUAUGUCUCAGACAUCCAGCAGUUCUGUGAUGAACACCACUAGCAUUUCACUUUCAAAGCCUAUAUUUACCUCGACACAAGCAUUAGCAUCAGUGUGUGGGGGAACAGUUUCUAAAGAAUCCUCAUCAUUUAUCAAGCCUUCACAGCAUCCAUUGGAAAAUGCUGGAAUAUUUCUGAAAUUACCCAACACAGGAUCUGAAUCUCAUAUACAACUGCCUGACACUAAUCAGGACAUGUUUACUAAGGACCGUUGUGAAUCACUGUCACCAGACUCGGGCAGUGAAAGUUUAGUGUUUACAGAGACUAUCACACCUAGUUCUGUGGUUCACCACACACCGUCAAACACUGAGGAUGACAGUGAAGGCAAGAACAACCAACAAACAAAAGAUAAAUCUUUUCUCAUUGACAAAAAUGUAGUGACAUCACAAGUGUUAAAUGUGACGGGUCACAAUGUGUUGGUACCAUGUAAAACUGGGAGUAAUGAUCACAACCAGGAGAAAUCUUCAUCACUGGAUACCAAUCUGGCCAGUGGGCCAAGAUUUAACAGGAAUACAGGAACAAACCUGAUACAGCAGAUGCUAGGACAUCACAGCUCAACAGAAUUCCCAGCCAGUAAUCUGCUGUCGGCCGCCGCCAGGGCUCAAAUGGUACAACAGCAACACAAUCAUAUGAACAUCAUGAUAAACCAGCAACAACCCGUUCCUAAUAUCCAGAUCAGUCAAUCAUUCCCGAUAGGCAUUAACCCAGGAUCCUCUCUGCCUGUAGGAGUGGACGGAAAACUGGCCCCAACCUCCACUUUGAUCAGUGCAGGAGCUGAAGGCAGUCCAAUGAUAGUCAAUCAAAGUUUAUCUGGUGGUCUAGGUGUUGUCAGCAAUCCUUCACAUUCAAGUAGCAUUGUGUCUGCAUUACAGAGUCAGUCGUCAACAGAUUGUACUUCAUCCUCAGCCACUUCACUUGGGAAAAGCUACACAGGUGAACAAGACUCGGAGACCUCCGGCCCUGGCACUGACACAAUCUCCAAAAUUCUUGCACAGCCUGUGAAUGGAAUCAACACAUCAGCAUUACUCAAACAAGGUCAUUUUGAUGGAAAUCUUAUGAAACACCUAGGUAGUUUGCCUGUCCAGUCGGUGAUGGGUCAGACUGGCAUCAAUGCCCUGGAGCAUGUUCAGGCUAACAGUGUUAACACACCCAUGCCACCUAUAUCCCUGCCACUGGUUACCGCUGUGACCAACUCCCUAACACAAGUUAUCCCAGCAAUAGGCACCAAUGGCUCACAGAACCUCCUUAGUCAGCAGGCCAUGAUGAAUCUGUUCAACAAUCUAGGACUCAACACAAUGCAAAACAGCGCUGCCAAUGGUCAGGGUGCCCAGAUGGUGUUGACAGGUCAAGUCCUGCCACAGGAUAAUAUGUCAUGUUUAUCACUGGUGAACAAUGCAGUUGGACCCAAUACCUAUCUCAAUGGCAUGAACCAGUCCAACUUCCCACGCUUUAUUGGUUGUAACAAUCUUACACAGAACAUUGACUUGGGCAACAUGGUCUCAGGCCAACGUAACCUGAUGGACCCAAAUGUUCUUACUAAAGCUGGUCCAACGAUGACACAGUUGAUACCGUCGGAACACCAGGGAAAUGCCAUGCAGAUGAAAUCAGCGAUGGCAUCACAGCCUGAUGACCUGCAAGAUCAAGUCAGUAAGAUGCAGUUGCCAUGUGAACAGGUGUUGCCCUCAGUGACUACUACAUCAGGACAGAUGGUGCUGCUUCCAAAUGUACAAAUGCCACUGUUACAGGUGCUUAACGCCAACCAGAUGUCAGCAGCCUCUAAUCCUGCAAUGCUGGACAAGACAGCUGACUGUAGCAUCCAACAACAACCCUACCCAAUACAGAGCCAGGCCGAUAUCCAGGCAUUGAUUGGUCAGCUGCAGGCAGGUCUCACCCAGGUGGGCACACCUCUAAACAUGAUGAAUGUUCAGCAGGUGUGGAACAACUUGACCACAGGCAGCAACCUGACUGCAAUGCAGCUGCAGACACUCCAGCUUCAGCAGCAGUUACUGCAGCAGAUUCAGCAGUUACAAGGGAUGCAGACGCUUAUCAGUCAGUUUAAUAUGCAGAGUAACCCAAGCAACCCAAUCAGCAGUGUAGCCAACAAAACUGCCACUACCACAGUCAGCAAUGGCCUGGCUGCUGUUGCCAUGACCACAGGAAAUAAUACUGAAAAUUGUCUCUCCAUGGAUGGCAAAACCUUCCUCACUCAUCCAGUUACCGGAGACAGCAUUGUUAUGCCUAUGAGAACCGUGGCUGAUGUAAAUGCACCUGAUCUAAAAAUUGACAUUCCGACAUGUAGAGUUGUAAGCAAUAAGGAAAACAAACCUGAUUCCUUCGAUACUGUAUUUGAAAGAGAAGAUGGAAAAAAUGGUGAAAGUGAAGAUGGCAAGCCUAAUGUGAGCUCUUCUGUACUGGAAGGUAAUAGUUCAGCAAGUUCAGAUAUGUCAAUAGACAUACACACAUCUGAGCUGCCAAGUGAGACCUCUAGUACAACAUCAUUCAAUGGUACUCAGUUGAACUCCACUCAAUUGCCAACGAGUUUGGAAUCGCGCCAUACAGUCCUAUCUUGCUCUAGUAGCCAGAAGACUCUCUCCGAGGAUUCUAUCAAUGGUACACAGUGUUCAUUAGUGACAACUUCCUGCAUCACAGAGCAAGAUGUGUCUCCUCAAAGUAGCAAUAAUUCAUCAGUUUCUAUCAACUCGAAUAAACCAGAAGAUGGUAAUGAUUGGGAUGAUCACUUUGAAAAAGAUAUCGUAGAUGAAACUGUGUUGCAAGAUAAACAGUCGGGGUCCACAGAGAAGCAGCCAUGUAUUGACCAGAGCUAUGACCGAGCUACUGACUGUAGAAAAUCGGGUUGUGCCACGCCCAGAUCAUUAUGCUCUGAAUCAGGGAUGCAAGAGACUCGGAACAGAGCCACGUCUUCAUGUCAUACAACUUCUAAAUGUGAAGAUUUCAACCAAAAACCAAAUAGUAAAGUUAGCAAAGACACUUGUCCAAGUACACCACCUCGGACUUCAGAUCAUAGUAGUGUGUCAUCUGGCAGAACAGAUUCCUCAGGUUUUGAAAUCAGGGAUGGGAGCCAGCAGAGUCGCCCACGUCCUCAAUUAGGUGUAAGUACUGUGUCCUCAACUGUAGGUGCUGUCAACAAGACUGACAAAAUCCGCCAAAAAUCUAGUCCAGAGCAUGAUCCCAGUAUUGCUGAGAAACCCAAGGAGGCCAACCUUCCAUCAGAUGUUGUCACAGCUACUAAGUCUGACCUUGGACAAAGGGUCGAGGCUAACUUCUUCAGGGCCAAUCACCUUAUGAACACCGUGGAACUCUCCAGUGAGCGUGCCCAGAAAGCUGCUGAUGCUCUCACACUCGUUAACAGGGUGGGCAAGCGAUCACGUGAGAUAGAUACAGACUCCUUUGAUGAUGAAGACAGUUCUUCAUCAGAGAUAUCACUGUCGUCCUACCCACACAACUUCACUACUGGCGACCUUGUGUGGGGACAGAUCAGGGGCUUCCCAUCAUGGCCAGGCAAGGUUGUGGAUGAGAAAGAGGUGAAGGAAGGCCAUACUCCUGAUGCUGGCAAGUGCUGGGUGCAAUGGUUUGGGGAUCACACAUUCACGGAAGUUGAACCGGACAAGCUCAAGAGUCUGUCUGAGGGUCUGGAGGCUCACCAUCGCGCCAGGAAAAAGUACAGAAAGGGAAGGAAGAUGAACUCAAACCUGGAGGCGGCCAUUCAUGAGGCCAUGACGGAAUUAGACAGACAAGCCCAAGAAACGGAGAAUAAGAUUCAGGCCAAAUCUGCUAUCCGGGGCAAAACCAACAAGAAGAGGAAGGCUAGAUGACCUGGUGUUUCCAUAGGCAUUAACAUGAUUUAAUGAUAGGGUGUUAGUAUUUCUUAAGAUGAUAUAUCCUGAAUUCAACAGAAAAGCAUGCGAUAAUGCAGCUUUUUAUGGUGAAUUUCUAAACAAAUGUUGCAAUGUUCCAAAAAUGAAAUAAAUUUUACAUUUAGAGAUGAAAUAUAAAAGAUUAAUAUUGAGAGUGUUGCAUCAUGAGAAUGAAAUUAGAGGUUUCAUACUAUUCAUAGUUAUUUGGUUUAAUAACCAUGUUUUGUAAUAGUUGAAGUGAGAUUAAAUGAUGGGUGGCUAGAUGGUUCCAGUUAAGUAUAGGUGUAUAGAUACUAAGGUAUGGACAACUUCACAAAACAUUUCAUAUGUGUGUAAAGUGUAGCAAAUGAAACAGAGAAGGUUGGUUGGAUAAAUAAUCAUGUGCUGCAGACAGAGUUAUCACCGCUAGGUGCUUGGCAGGAACUUCAGAUGCAAUACAUUUACUUGGUUUUGUCAUUGGUCAUUAUAAACUAUUGAUAUAUAUACAUGAAAUUGUAUAUUCUUUUUAUCAGCUUUUUAACUUCAUGUAAAAACCGUUGUUGGCAACCCCAUAUCCUUGGGCUGUAGUAAACAUUUACAGAAAAAAUGUUUUUACUGGAUUCAGGCAAUAAAUGUCUGCAUUAAAAAUUCAAUUUCGCACCGUAACAAAUAGCUCAAGCAUGGUUAAGUUUAUUGCAUAGAAGUUUGCUAGAAAGAAACAAGACAAUCCAAAGAUUGAUGAAUUUAGAUUUAGAUAGAUGAAAAGUUUAAAGCAUCAUUGUGUGUGAAAUCUUGUGCAUUCCAUACACACCACAUUGAUUCCGUUACUUGACAGACUGUGUCUCAACUCCAGUACUAUAUCUAUAGUGAAAACACGUGUAUAAAGUGUUGUGGAUUUACUUUUUGGCAGUUACUCCAUGACUUUUCAACAGAAUUUUACUGGUUACACUUCACUUGAAUCAUUCUCGGAAAACUUCAGAUGUUGUAUAUCACUAUUCUCUGUAGGAUUUCAGGAUAUCCAUGUGCUUUUGAUCCAAGUACAGAUUUCUACCACCAAAUUUAGAAAUUAGGACAUUGAGGUAAUGUACAACAGACAGAUAUACAAGUGUAUAUUCAAAGCUAGACAUGGAACAUAUAUCAAGUUAAAACAAUGGCAUAACAAAAUAAAAACAAAAAAUACAAUAAUUAACAAAGGGUUAACUGGAUAGUCCGAGGAAAUACAGUAUAACUGUUGAUAUUGUGGCCUGUUGAGGACGCUGCAUAUUGAAUAUAAAACUCAGAAGUUUGUGAAAUUAUUGUUUCGUAUACAUUGUAAUUUGUUAAAGAAAUUAUUGAUGUUGAUUGUCUCUCAGAUAAUAGCAUUUCUACCUAGUACUUUUUAGGUAAUGUUUGCUAUUAGGGGGGUUGGGGGAUUGAUUAUGAGAAGAUGGAAACUUCAUACUGAUAAUACCAGGAAUGGUAUAAUGUUAAAUUAAUGGCUGGAACAUUAAGAGUUUUUAUUUGUUCUGAACUUCUUGGAGCAUGCAAAAUUUAUUUUUAAAUUUUAAAUUGUUUUUAACUAAUUUGUUUAUGAUUAUUUUAUCAAAUAGGAAGCAAAAUUAUAUACAUACCGAGGUGAGGGAAGGAAAGUCAUUAAAGAAAUGAGUUAUAUUUGCCGUGGAAAUUAUCAAUAUAUAGAUGUUUGUUUGUCCCAUUGUCAGAAUUUACUUACAUUUAAAACAUAAUGAUAUAUAUACAUUAGUGCUACACAUUACACCAAAAGGUUUUGUUUUACUUUCAGUAUGCUAUUCAGUGCUAUUAGGUUAAAAGUUGGGAGGAAUCUGACGUUUACCUAAAAUACUCCAUACCGCAGAUGGUUUAAAUUUGUUUUCAUGUAGAGAUAGGUGCAAUCAAAUGAAGCAUAGUCAAUUAUCUUUUGUAAAAUGUUUUCAUUUUUCCCUGUUUACAUCAAUUGAAAUUGGAAAUGACAGUCCCCACCUACACCAAAAAACAAAACAAAAAUGAAUGAAAGCCAUCAUAAACAGAUGCUGUUGUACAAUAUAUAACAAUUCUAAAUGAUUUAUUUUAUUUCUAGUGCUGAUCCUUAUUUGGAUAUUUAAAUCAUCUCACAGUUGUUUUUUGUCUGUUGUCCAUUUUGUCUGGCUGUAGCAAUUCAACAUUUUUGACCUUUUAUUAAAAACCUUGUAACCAAUUUUGAUAAAUACCAAACAAUUCUCUGUAGACCUACUGGGUAGUCAUGCUGGCAUCAAAUUAAACAAUCCUCUUUGAUGGAAGUGCAUACUUCUUUUCAAAAUUGUGUGCAUUUCAUUAUCCCCAGGGCUUCAUCUUUGCCUCUGGGGAGUGAGUGAAGUUGACUAUAGGUGUAUAGGAAAAUGACACUUUUGGGUAUCUUUUGGUUGAUUUUCAGGUGGAAAUGAUUCAAACUGGUUUCACAAUAUAUGCAUGAAAUGACGGUUUGUUGGUGGUAACAUUUUGAUUCUGACCCAACUCCAUAGGCCAAGGGGUGUGGUCUAAAUGAUUAAAAUUUCAACAAUCUUAGAUUAAUUGAAUUAACUAAUCUUUGACACUUGCUUUGUAUACUAUGUAAUAGAUAAGGAAUUUUAUUAGUUUAAAUGGCGUAAAGUGCCAGUGAUUGUAUGGUGCAUGAGUAGGCGUCCAUUUUCCAUCUGUCCAUCAACUUUUAACUUCUUCUAGAAAAUUAUAAGUAUCUGAGAAUAAAUAAAGGACACGAGUCAAAUCUAGGGUGGUCGGAUGCCACAGUGGUAACAUCAUUGCCUUUCACCUAGGCACCUGCCCGACCACAUGGGUAUCCCCUGAUACUCCGGUUUCCUCCCACAAUAAGACCCAUUGCGCGAUUCCAUCCGGGCCAAGUCUAAGGGAGGUGGGAGAUCCAAUGUCUGUGUACAGUUUGAAUGAAUCUUCUAAGUGCUGAAGGAUCCAGGGCACUCAUCUAUGGCCAUAAGGUUUGUGUUUUUUAGUGCUAUGAAAUUUUCUCACCCCAAUGACCUUGACAUAUUUUCAAGGUCACAGGGCUUUAAUAUGUUAAAAACUUCCAAAACCUUCUUCUCAAGUUCCAAAAGACUCAUAAGCCUGAUAUGUUGCCAGCAGCUACCAAGGACAAUGUGGUAUAAGAUUUCCUCAUAUAAAUGACCUUGACCUAUUUUCAAGGGCACAGGGGUCAGAAAUGAUGAAAAAAAAUCAAUGAUCUUUACAAAUUUCAAAAGACCCAUGUGCCUAAUAUUUUGCCAGCAGAUAACAAGGUUUGAGUGCUCUAAAGAUUAAGCAUACAAAUGAUCUUGACCUAUUUUUAAGGUCACUAUUAUGAAAUAUGUGACUACAUACACCAUAUAUAUUUCACAGGAUCAACAUAUUUCACAUUGCAUCUUGUAAUUAAUUUCUCAUUGUUUGUUUAAUUCAACCAACAACAACAAAAAAACAAGGUAAUUUUCGAUAUUUCAAUACACUUAACCACUAGCAGACUUGGACAAGGCAUCUAUGCAAAGCCCUACAAUAUCAUGCCCUAAUGCAUCUGUGAAUAUUGUCACCUCUCUUUGAAAUGUUGUACAUGUAUACCAUUUCCUGAACCAUCACUGACAUAUUUGGUCAACAAGAAAAUUGGAAAAAGUAAUUUUACCAUUAUUCCUUACUGGCCAUGUGAGUGAUUCAGGCCCUCUGGGCCUUUUCUUGAUAAUUUCCAUGUCGGGGUCACACCAACAAACACCUAUCGGAUUAAAGAUCAGAACUCAGGUGACUGUUGGGGCCCAUGGGUCUCUUGGUUGCAUUGUGUUGAUGCAUUUUUGUUAUGAAUUUUAGAUGGUAAUGGGAAUUAGUUUGUUCAAUAUUGGUAACUUAGGUAUUGUUCAGUUAUAAGCACAGGGACUUGGCACACAUUCUGACUCACACUCCUAUAUACAUUGUACAUGUAUGUAUUAUAUAAAAUGCACAAAACAUGUAUAGGUUAGGACUUUGUGCCAUGUUCCUGUGGUUGUAAACUAUUCCAGGGUCAUGAUUGUUGUACAUGCAGACAUGAAACAAUAAGUAAAUACAAGUUUUAGCUUGGUGUGACAAUUGGCUUUACAAUAUGACAAUGCAUUUUGAAAAAGCCUUGAUUUUAAUGUCUUCUGAAUUUGAUAUGGCUGUGUUUUUGAAUAAACUGGCCUUUUUUGGUUUUGAGGGAAUCUAUCUCCAAAAUAUUAAAAUAAUGGUGAAAAUGAGCAUGAAGCCGUCUUCAAUAUGGAUAAUUUGUGUCUGGUAUGUCUUAUUGUUAAGUAAUGGUAGUAAUGGCAGAAUCACACUUGUUUAUUCUGAGGGAUAUGAUUUAAUUGUUACAUAAUCUGAAUAGAAACCUAUAUUGUACAAGAGAAAAAUGCUUGCUUGCUUAGUAAGAUUAAAAACUAUAUUGUUUUAAACAUAUUGACAUUGAUGUUUUACUGUGGAAUCUGUUGGACUUUAUAUAACAUCAUCUGUGUACUAAGUGUUAUAUUAUUUCCACAUGCACAACACCAGAGGAGGACAUUUUAAGUGUUGUUACAUAUUAAGUAUAACACUGUUUUCAUUGAAGACUUGUGCCAUAAUACCUUCCUCUAUAUAAUAUAUAUAUAUAUAUUGUGAUUUCCUCAAAAUAGUGCAAUUUGCUAAAAUAACGCUAUACUGUAUAACAUGAAAUAUUUGUGUGUACUUUGCCGGUUUGGAGCUUUCAAAUUAUUUAGUGGGUACAAAUUUUCGAGGUUUGCCUAUAAAACAAUGAUAACAAUAAUACAACAAUAUUUGUUGUAUUUAUAUUCGUGGUUACAUGGCAACCAUAAAAACAAUGAAAGUUCAAACACAACAAACAUUUUAUGUUAUACAGGAGUAGAAAAUAGCCAAACUAAAUGUUACGGAUCUGGAUAUUUUUAUUGUGAUGUUCAGUACCAAAUUGUUGAACAUUUUUAAGAAUGCAUGGUUGCGUAGAGUCGAUCGUGGAUUUAAUAAGAUUUUGUUGAUAUUGAUACAGGUAGAAGUUUUGUUUUUAAAUGUCUUCGUUCUAGAGCUUUAGAACAUAAAUUGAUGGAAACGGUUGUUUGGUUUUCGAAUAUUUUUUGCCUUAAAAUGUAAAUAGUCAAAACUAGAUAUGAUAUUUUAUGAUAUUUCUGUUCUAGAGCUUUGGAAUGUGAAUAUAGCAUUGUAUGUACCCCUGAUCGUGUUAAUGGUAUUGAAUACUGUCCAUGAGUACAGAUUGUUACUGUUGUAUAUAAUGAUACAUCAUCUAAUGUAUGUAAUCGUGUGUGCUCACUGACACUGAAGGAACUACACAAACUAUUAUAUAUGAAAGACUUUCAUAGACGUGUGUAUAUAAAGUUACGGAGUGAAUGGGUUGCCUUGGGCAGGCGAGUGCAUCUGUUACAAUGUGUUGUUACUUUGUUUCUGGUGAUGUUAUUGGGUACUUGUAAAGUACAGCGCAAGAGGCUGAUGACCUUGCAAUAUUUGCAGUGCUGCGUUUAAAUUAUUUUGUUAUUGUUAUGUGAAAGUUGUGAUACACAUUAUAUAAAGGUAUGCAGAGGACCAUAUCUUCUGAAUCCUCCCUAGGUGAAGUACUGCCAAUGAAACUUCCAUACCUACUGAUUUGACAGGAUAAGUAACAUAAAACACUUCAAUAUGUUAGUUUUGUUUGUCUGUAGAAUUGUAUUUACCUUGCAUUUAUUAUUAUUAUUAUUAUUAUUAAUUUUUUUUUUUUUUUUGCUUGGCAGAUUUUGCCGUUAAUUCUUUUACAUGAAAGUUAAAACUAUAAUAAGCUUUAUUGAAUAAUAAAACCACAAAAUAAAUGGCUCUUUGAGAGAAAAGAUAUAUUGAUGAAAAGCAUUUUUUGUGUAAUUUUACCAUUCUAUAUUUCUGUUGUUUAUGUCCAAUAUCAUUCAAUAUAUACUGUUCUAAGGAACCCCUAUUUUAAGCAUUGGGAGUAUACUACACAAUGUGCACUGGAGUUGUGCAUAAUGUUAUAAAAUUAUCAAAAGCUAA